GCCUGUCUGUAGAGCCUGUCUGUAGAGCGGCUCCGAGUCGAGCUCCGGUGGUGGACUCGGUUGCUUGAGGAGCGGAUCUCGGGAGAGAUGUGGAAAGAGGAUCUCGAGGGCGGGAAAGCUUCGUUCGUAGCUCGGGCCGUGGGGAGAUAUCUAAAGGUGGGAUUUUGAUGCGGUGUCUGCGGGUUCCGUGAGACGUCUUCCAUUUCGGCUCCAGUGGCCGAUCGGAAGCUCUAAACAAUCUCGUUUUUAGAUUAGCUCCGUGGACUCUACGGUGAUUGGUGUGGUUUUCGAGGCGAAGUCGAGGUUCCGGUAAGAACCCCCCGUUUCUUUCUUCGUAUCUUGGUGGAGUACACUAACUGUGGAGCAAUUAUAUUGCGCUGGUCUGUUCAUAGUUCUUUACUAGUUUCAGCUUCAAGGUUUUGGUCGGUUCCUGCAGAUCUCGAGAGCUGUACUGGUGAUUCCUCUGCGAAAUGCUUAAGGGAAACAAUUGUAUGACCAUGUUCUCCUCUUUGAAUCAGUAGUCAGGGAUGAAGAUCUGUGUAUAAUUUCAAUUGAUUGCAGUUGAUGUUCUCGUGUCAAUCACUUCUGGUUAGCUAUGGAUCACCAGAUUGUUUUCUUAUCGAUUCCUUUGUUUGUCCUCCUGCUAUGUCUUCAAACUUCGGCUGCUGGUAACUUGACUUCUGAUAUGCAAGCCCUCCUUAAGUUUGCUGCAUCUGUACCUCAUGGCCGGAAACUAAACUGGAGUUCUCGGACACCGGUCUGCACCUCUUGGGUUGGCAUCACAUGCACACCAGAUAGAACCCGUGUGCGGAGCCUCCAUCUGCCAGGGAUUGGGCUCUUUGGCCAAAUCCCUGCUGACACACUAGGUGAGCUUGGUGCCCUGGAUACCUUAAGUCUUCGAUCCAACCACCUUGUAGGAGAUCUCCCUGCCGAUGUCCCAUACAUUCCUUCUCUUCAUUCUUUGUAUCUUCAGCACAAUAAUAUUUCUGGAAUUAUACCUUCUUCCCUCUCUUCCAAUCUCAUAUUCCUCGACCUCUCCUACAACUCUUUCAUCGGAGAAAUUCCAUUGACAAUUCGAAAUCUUACUCAGCUUACUGCAUUGUAUCUCGAGAACAAUUCUCUUUCUGGACCCAUCCCUGAUCUUCAACUUCCCAUGCUACAGCAUCUGAAUCUAAGCUACAACAAUUUUAGUGGGCCUAUACCAGUAUCCCUCCAGAAGUUCCCUGCCGAGUCGUUCUUGGGGAACCCUCUCCUCUGUGGGACUUCUCUAGCACAAUGCUUUGCAAUUCCUCCAUCUCCACGAUUAUCACCAACUGCACUACCUAUAAAGCCCAAAAAGAGUUUUUGGAAGAAACUAAGCACAGGGGUUAUAAUAACUAUUGCUGCUGGAGGAUCAAGCCUUCUAUUUCUGCUGCUGAUUAUAAUCCUGGGAUGCCUUUCGAAGAGAAAAAGUAAAGAUGGCAGUGGUGCACCAAAAGGAAAGGCUUCAGUCAGUGGAAGAAGUGAGAAAACUGAGGAAUACAGCAGUAGUGCUAUGGAGGCAGAGAAGAAUAAGUUGGUUUUCUUUGAGGGAUGUACUCACAGUUUUGACUUAGAAGAUCUGUUAAGAGCUUCUGCUGAAGUUCUUGGAAAAGGAAGUUAUGGGACAACGUAUAGAGCUGUUCUUGAAGAUGGGGUGACAGUGGUGGUGAAGAGGUUAAAGGAGGUGGGGGUGGGGAAGAGAGAGUUUGAGCAGCAGAUGGAAAUAAUAGGAAGGAUUGGGCAACACCAAAAUGUAGUGCCACUUCGUUCUUUUUACUACUCCAAGGAUGAGAAGCUUUUGGUCUAUGACUAUGCCCCUUGCGGGAACCUCUCUGCGCUGUUGCAUGGAAGUAGAGAUGCUGCAAAAACUCCCUUGGACUGGGACUCCAGGGUGAAGAUCUCACUCGGUGUAGCACGAGGAAUUGCCCAUAUUCAUGUUCAAGGAGGUGGAAAGCUCAUCCAUGGCAACAUCAAAUCAUCAAACGUGCUUCUGACUCAAGAACUCAGUGCUUGUGUCUCUGAGUUUGGUCUUGCCCUGCUCAUGAAUUGUGCAGCAACACCAUCAAGAAUUAUGGGCUACCGCGCACCUGAAGUCCUUGAGCAACAAAAAUCAACUGAGAAGUCUGAUGUCUACAGCUUUGGAGUUUUCCUGCUUGAGCUACUCACUGGGAAAUCUCCAGUUCAGACUCCGGGCCAUGAUGAAGUGGUAGACCUACCUAGAUGGGUCCAAUCUGUGGUGCGAGAAGAGUGGACUGCUGAAGUUUUUGAUGUGGAGCUGAUGAAGUAUCCCAACAUCGAGGAGGACAUGGUUCAGAUGCUUCAUGUUGCAAUGCAAUGCGUUGCAAGAGUUCCAGAUCGACGACCCACGAUGGAAGAUGUGGUUAGGAUGAUUGAGGAUGUUCGGCACUCGAACUCAGAGAGCCGACCAUCCUCAGAGGAGGAGAAGGCUAAGGAUGACGAUGAGGUCUGCCAGUAGCAGCUUCAGUGAUUUAGCAGUUGCUUAUCAAGAAAUCUUGUGCAAGCAAAAUAAUAGCAUUGAGUGCUUGGGGAGAUACACAUGCAUGGCUUUUGCUGAGCUUGAUUAAUGUCAGUAGUUGCUUUGGGUUUAUUUAUACACACUGUGGUUGAUAAUUUUCAUUGUUCUAUUUGUUUCCAUCAUGUCAUAUUAUAUUUGAUUCAUUCACAUACUGACAUGGAAAAUUCUGAAUGAGAUCAAGUAUACUUGAAGGAUCCUUCCAAAGUUGAUACAAAACUACCAUCUUUUGUAGAAAUGGUCACUGUAGCCUUAUGGUAAGGUUUCUGUGUGUGUGUGUGUGAGUUUGGCAAUUAAGAUUUGGGACAUGAAACUGUAGUAAUUUUUUGAGUUGAUACAUGAAGUGGUUUUUA